UAUAUAACUCUUUCUCUUUUUAUCAAUUUAAUCAUUAAUUAUUUUUUCUUAUGCAUACAGAUCAAUAUUGUUUCCGAGUGUUGUAAAUUAAGCUCCAGCUCAAAUGGCAGAAAGCAUUUCACCAAUGGGGAUCAACCUGUUUUCCCCUUUCAAGAUGGCCAACUUCAAUCUCUCUCACAGGGUGGUGCUUGCGCCCAUGACAAGGUGCAGAGCUAUAGAUGAAAUUCCUGGACCGGCCCUGGCUGAGUACUACAAACAGAGGUCCUCCCAAGGCGGAUUUCUCAUCACUGAAGGGACUUCCAUCUCCAACACUUCCGCUGGUUUCCCACAUGUCCCUGGGAUUUACAAAGAAGAACAGGUUGAGGCAUGGAAGAAGAUAGUGGAUGCAGUUCAUGAUCAAGGUGGCAUCAUUUUCUGUCAACUUUGGCAUGUUGGUCGUGCUUCUCAUCAAGUUUAUCAACCCAAUGGGGGGUCACCAAUAUCUUCAACCAACAAAGCCAUUUCAAAAAAGUGGAGAGUUCUCUUACCAGAAGGGUCAUUUGAGUCGUAUCCUGAGUCUCGUGCCUUGGAAACCUAUGAAAUUCUUGAGGUGGUGGAGGAUUAUCGUCGUGCAGCCAUAAAUGCCAUUCAAGCUGGUUUUGAUGGAAUUGAAAUUCAUAGUGCACAUGGCUACCUCCUUGACCAAUUCUUAAAAAAUGGGAUCAAUGACAGAACCGACGAGUACGGUGGAUCGAUUGAAAACCGUUGCAAAUUCUUAAUCCAAGUGGUUGAGGCAGUGGCAUCAGCCAUUGGUGUCAGCAGAGUUGGUGUCAGAAUUUCACCAGCAAUCGAUCACCUUGAUGCCCUUGACUCAGACCCUCUAGGCCUUGGAUUAGCAGUGGUGGAGAGACUUAACAAGCUUCAACUGGAACAGGGAUCAAAGCUCUCUUAUCUCCACGUGACUCAGCCACGAUUCACUGCAACUGGUAAAACAGAAUCAGGUAGACCCGGCAGUGAAGAUGAAGAUGCCCACUUAAUCAGAGCAUUAAGAAAAUCUUACCAGGGAACCUUCAUGUGUAGUGGUGGCUACACUCGAGAGCUGGGAAUGCAAGCCAUAGCAGAUGAUGAGGCUGAUUUAGUAUCUUUUGGUCGUCUUUUUAUCGCAAAUCCUGAUUUAGUAUUGAGAUUUAAGCUGAAUGCACCUUUGAAUAAGUACGAUAGAAGUACCUUUUACACAAGUGAUCCUGUUGUUGGCUACACUGACUACCCUUUUCUUAGCACCAAAAGUGAAUCGUGUCUUUAAAUAUUAGGUGAUAUCUAUGAAUUAUCAUCAUGAGUAGUGAUCAAUCAUUUAUGUUAUGGAAAGAAACUUGAAUGUUGAUGUUGAUUUUUAUUUUCUUUGGUAAUGUUGGGAGUGUCUGUGUAUGAACUAACAAGGAGUAUGCAGGUCUUAAGUCACAUUGUCUAAUAUGAACUAGCUAUUUAUUUGGAAAUUUUAUCUAUAUUUUUGUUUAUAAA